AACAUGCAAAAUCUUGAAUACAUAAUUUGUGGGGAAAUUUAUUUUUAAUGGUGUCACAAUAACUCAUAACCUUUGGCGGGCCGGUUCGAUUUUCCAAUGUCGGCCGGUCAGUCUUCUCAUCUUCCAACUUAACACGAAAAACAUCCAAAAACAUUUUCAAAAUUUUUCUUUAAGUUUUUUCGUCAUAAUCUUUCUUAAAAAUUUUCGUCGAAUUUCUUCUUAAUUUUCUCUUCUUCCCGCAAAUCCGGGAUUCUGCCCUCUUUCUUUCCUUUUUCAUUUUGAUUUUUGAUUUUUUAUUUUCGGGCGGAAUCCUUAUUUUCUUAAUUUUUGAAUUUUUGUGAUUUUUUAGUCAAUUUUAUUGUUCUUUGAGAAAUUCUGGCGAUUCAUACUCAACUGGGAUAAGUGCGUUGAGGCUAUAUGCUAGGAGCUGAAUAGAGUUAUUGGAGAAAUGUCAACUGAGAGACAUAUGUCGAGUGUUCUUGCAAAGUUGAUGGGUAUUGAUAAGCCAUCAACGCCGCAUGCUACUCAUCGAAGAGACAGAGGACUUUCUGAGAACUAUCUUCAGAAUAUUGCUUUAGUUGCUAAAAGGGAGAAGGUUUUAACGCAUUCCAAUGACAAUCAAAUUAACAUGGAUGUUAGUCAGCAUGUAGUUGAAUGUUUACAAGUAGCAAGUGUGAUUGAACCCCAGAAUUUGGUUUGUGGAACUGGGAAGCCCUUUCUUUCUGGAAGAUCAUUUUUGCCAUCUACUUCGUCAUCUGGUGACCGGAUACAAAAGAAAUCUGUGUCUGAGCACAUUAAUAGAAAGCAUAUACAAGAAAGAAGGGCGAAUAGCUCGCGUAUCAACAUAAAAUCUGCAAUUCAAGGUACUCUGUCAUCUCAGGAAAUAGCUAAGCAAAUUGCUGGGCAAGUAAAGAAUAGUGUAUGGCAUAGUUGUGCAGAAUUAUCACGAAGUGAAGAGAGUUUUAAAACUGCAAUGGAAGUAAAAGUGAGUUCACCUGUAUGUUUAUCUGAUUUAGAACAGAAACAUGAUGCUUCAUCAUUCAAUCCAGUAAAGGGAUCUACUAGCAGGAGAAGCCGGAAUUCCACAAAACAGCUGUCAGAAAGAUGGAGGACAGGAAAAUACUCUGAGGAAAUAAGAACAUCUUGUGGAAAUAAAAUGGAAGAUGAAGUGCUCAAUACUAGUGAUGGAAACCUUACCACUUCUUUUUAUACUGCUAACGCAUAUGAGUGGCCGGUUCUUGCUGCCAGACACUUAUCGAAACCAGCACUCUUUCCUUUUGCUUGGGUUCCAAGAAGAAAAGCAAGAGAUUUUAAUUUUGAUAAAAAUUGGUGUGUGAGACCAGGAAAGAGGGAUAUUAAGCAGUGCCAUGCCACAGAGUCAGAGGAGGACGAUCUUGGGCAUAAAGGUGUACAGUCUACAUCUGAAUCAAGUAUUUGUAGCUUGGUCUCAGAAAAUGCACGCAAUAUUCAUCAAGCUGCUUCAUCAAUCCUUAAUGAUUCAGUUAAGCUUGCUGAAGAAGCUUUGGCACUGACCGGGUCCUUAACCGACAUGUUGGCAUCUUCAGAUAUCACAAGUCCCACAUCCCAUCAUACUCACAUAAUUCUGAAUGACACUGGGGAGAGGCAUCUUAAGGAAGAUGUUUCUGAAAAUAGUUCUGUUGACUCCCUCUCUUUAUGUUGUAACUUUGCUUUAAAUUUGGAGACUGGGGAAGGUCCUGAUGAACAGAAUAAAAGAAUGAAUAUGUCUAAGAAUUUUAGAUGGGAGAAUUUGUCAGCUAAGUCAACUGCAUGCGUUUUGUUGGGCGAUAGAGAAUCUUGGAAACACCAGGUCAAAAACAGAAGCAAUGUUUCUGAACCAGGUUCUCCUGUGAGCUCAUUAGAAGGGCCAGAGGCUUGUAGGCAUGUUCCAAAUGAAGAACAUUUGUCUGUUUCAGUCUCCUUGGAGAAUGAUGCUCAUGAAUCUCUUGCGUUUGUAGGAUUGCAAAGAAAGCUUCAACUCAUAGAAACCAUGUCUCUAGAAUCAGGAUCUGAGGGACCUGAGAUGGUGGUAUCUAGUGAUGACGGUGAUGAUGGAGCUUCAGUUGGUUGCUACCAUAAAGAUCCGCAAAUAAUGGAAAUCUAUCAAACUUUAAUCCAAGAAAGCAUGGAUUUCUCUUAUGUAGUUGAUGUGAUCGUGGAGUCGGGUCUUCAGAUGAGAAACUUAGAGAUGGAAAGUAAAACUUGGUUGUUGCAGGGUUAUGCAUUGGACCCUUUGGUAUUUGACUCACUAGAGAAGAAGUACGGGAAGCAUAUGCCAUGGGAAAAGUCAGAAAGAAGGCUCUUAUUUGACCGUCUAAACUCAGGACUCCUGCAGAUAGUCAAACCUUUUGUUGGCUUAAAUUCAUGGAGAAAACCCAUAGCAAAAAGAUUCAGCUCGAGGCACAAAAGCCAGGAGGUUAUCGAGGAAGAGCUUUGGUCCUUGUUGGUCAACCAACAAAAGGAACUCAGUACAGGAUCAUUGGAUAAGGUGCGUGGAUGGGAAAUGGAAUGGUUAGACUUGGAAGAAGAUACAGAUUUGAUAGUACAAGAAAUACAGAGUUUGCUGAUAGACGAAAUCAUAGAGGAGUUUGUGUUCAUGGAGGUAUGGUUUUUUGGUUGAAAGUGUGUUUGUAUAGGUAGAUGAAGUCAUUGAAUUGUACAAAAGUGCAUAUAUAUUUUUUUGGCAGAAAGCAUUUGUAGUGUGUAGAGUCUGCAUGUUUCCAAAUUUUGAGGAACAAGCACAUAGGAGCAUUGGUUUGGUGAGUUUUUGUUUAGGCAAACAAUUCUUUUUUAGAUUCAUCACUUCUUUUUUUGGGUGA